AUGAACGAUAUGCAUCGUCUCUCCGCCUCGGCACACACCGCGUCGCUCUCGAAUGUCGAAUUGGACAUGAAUGGAGCAGCACCCGAGCUAGACGACGACGACAUGCAGCGAGAAGACGAGCCGACGAGCACCGAGACGGUGGAGGCACCAGACACCGAGACAUCGACCGACCACGUCGCCCUGGACAUCAACGAGCACCAGAUCCUUCCACGACCAACCUUUGAGCGCCAAGACGAAGCAACACCCGAUCAAGACGACGACGACGGGGCAAUUUUGCAGCGGGACAACGAGUCGGAGCCCACCAUUAAGCCACUGAUCGUCACGAGACCGAAUCUUCCGCCUUACCGGUCGCUGAUUCAGCAACAUUUUGACGAGAUCUGGUGCGAGUACGAUAAGUCCGCGCGAUUGACCAAGGCCAUCGCUGCCCAGCCUGCCAACGCUUCAGGGCUCGCGAGCGGGCUAUUUCUGCUACGAACGGGGCUUGCGAUCUUUGAUACGCUCAUCGACGUCAGUGUUCAGCCGGCUCUCUUUUCACGCAACUCGAUGGCGACCGUCGACGCCUACGUGCCCGCGUGCCCUCACGAUGCUGCGCCGUUGAUCGGAACAGCGACGACACAGGCGCUCAACAGCUGCGACGCGGUCGACAAGGCGGGGCGCGAAGUCAAUUCGUGGUGCAUACAAGCCGAAUCGUUCCUUGCAUUUGCCAUCGAAGCGGUGCGCGACGACAACUUGAAGGACGCGACAACAGUCGCCGUCGAACUCUGCCGCAGCGGCGUCGAAGUCAUGCAGAAGGUAGCGACAGCAAUGCAUUCGUGUAUCGACACGUUGAAGGACACAGCGGUCAUGUAUGAAAAGCUCGCCGCGCUCCACAAGACCAGUGCGAAGACCAACACGUUGACGAACGGGGAGCUAGGGAACGCGAUGUCAUUUGAGCCCGACGUCGUCGAGUGGGCCAACGUACUCCAGCGCCACGUGCGACGCAUUGCUAACCUCGUUGAUCGUAUCGAAAUAGCGCUGACGGAGCUGCAGAAUCUGCGCGUCGUUGAGGCACUUGAAUCGUACCUUGAGCACUCCGUGUCGCUGGAGACGUUGGACCCAGCGACGCUAGAGGAGCUCACGAUUGUAUCGUCCGCCCUUUUGAACGAAUGCGAAAAUUACCAGCACAAGCAUCGAGAACGCAUUAGCGCUACAUAUAAUGCCAUCGACGCGCACGGACGCAUGCGGCUCCGUUCGUCGCCGGCGACAGCCAUCUUUGGCCUAAGCGCGAUCUUGAGCUUACAUCUCUUGUAA